AUGAUCGUCGCCUCCGCCUCCAUGGCGCCCACCCUCCGCCCCGGCGACCGCGCCGUCGCAGAAAAAGUGAGCUACAUGUUCCGGCGGCCGUCUGUGGGCGACAUUGUCUUCUUCAGGGUGCCUACCGCGCUGCAGAACUGUGGCAUAAAUAAGGAUGUUGUAUUCAUUAAGAGGGUUAUUGCCACCCCUGGAGACUUCAUCCAGGUUCGACAAGGCCAGCAUAUUGUCAACGGUGUUGCACAGAAGGAACAUUACACCGCACCCCAUGCGUCGUACACGAUGGAAGCCAUGCGCCUCCCUGAAGGCCAUGUAUUCGUCAUGGGUGAUAACCGUAAUAACAGCUGUGAUUCUCGUGUAUGGUAAGACAACACAUCCACUCCCAUGCUUUAUCUCUCUGUACAAUGAAAUUCUUAUGCUACUCAUCUGAAGUCAU